AUGGAUGAUGUCAAUGGAGAGAGCGUACGUGGUGGAAGAAUGAGUGGUUAUGAGAAGGAGGAGGAGGAGAAGGAGAAGAGAGGGCACGCAGUAUGUCUCCCAAGCCCAGCUCAAAGCCACAUAAGCGCGAUGCUGAAACUAGCUAAGCUCCUCCACCAACGUGCAGGCUUUCGCAUCACCUUCGUCAACACCGAGUUCAAACAUGCACGCUUGCUCAGGUCUCACCCUUCUUUCUUCUCCACGAGUCUUGAUGAUUUUCAAUUCGUGACCAUCCCAGAUGGCCUGCCACCUCCCUCCGAUCCAGAUGGGACCCAGGACGUGCCCGAGCUCUGCGAAGCCACUCGGACCUUCAUGCCUCUUCCCUUCUCUCGCCUCAUCGCCACUCUCCUUGAAACAUCAUCAGAUGAGUCCAGAGGCGUUUCUUGCAUCCUCUGUGACGGUUUCAUGUCGUUCACCGCCACUCCUGCGGCUCGGCAGUUUAACAUCCCUCUCCUCUUCUUUUGGCCCGUCUCUGCUUCUUCAUUCUUGGCCCCCAAACAUUAUCGCGCCAUCGAGGAAAAGCUGCGUCCUCUUGCACCCCCUAAAGAUGCCAGGUCUUCUGAAGCAAAUACUUUCUUGGAUACGGUCAUUGACUGGAUUCCGGGCAUGGAGUGCAUGAGGGUGCGUGAUCUCCCAAACUCCUUCGGCACCAAGGAUGGUGACGAUGAUUUCCUGCUUAACUUUGUCCUGGACGUGGUUCAGAAUACUACCGAUCUAAAUCCCACUCCUCCCAUGAUCUUCCAUUCCUUCGAAGCCCUGGAGAGAGAUGCUCUCGACGCUCUCUCGUCCAUUUCCACUCACAUCUACGCUAUCGGCCCACUCCAUCUCCUCCUCAAUCAAGUAGUACAUGUCGAUGAUCGGAGUCAUAGGCUGAAGCAAAUCAAGGGCAACUUGUGGAAGGAGAACGCAGAGUGCCUUGAGUGGCUCAAUUCCAAGGAACCCAAAUCAGUAAUGUACCUGAAUUUCGGGAGCAUAGCAUUCUUGACCCAAGAACAGCUGGGGGAGUUCGCAAUGGGACUUGCCAGUAGUAAGCAACCGUUUCUGUGGAUAAUUAGGCCGGACCUUGUGAACCAAGGAGACAGUACUAGUGCGAAUGCUAUUCUUCCUCGUGAGUUUCUUGAAGAAACCAAAGGGAGAGGUUUGAUCUCAGGAUGGUGCCCACAAGAGGAAGUGCUCAACCACCCUUCGAUCGGAGGGUUCUUGACUCACUGCGGAUGGAACUCGAUAAUGGAGAGCCUGUCAGUCGGAGUGCCCAUGCUGUGUUGGCCAUGCUUUGGGGACCAGAAGGGCAACUGCAGGUAUGUAUGCAGUGAGUGGGAGACGGGUCUGGAGAUUGGAAGUGAUGUGAAGAGAGAUGAUGUGGAGAGGUUGGUCAGAAAGCUGAUGACUGACGAUGGAGAUGAUGAUGAGACGGGGAAGAAGUUGAAGAAGAGGGCCAUGGAGUGGAAGAAGACGGCACAUGAGGCUGCUCUUGGCUCUGCCGCUUUGGAUUUCAACAAGCUGCUGAAUUACCUUACUUCUAUCCAAAAUUAA